CCCUUGCCUUGAUUGUUGAUAAGUACCCCUCAUAUUUUCAAAUUUUCAAAUAUACAUAAAACAAAACCCCUAAAUCCUUAAACCCCUCUUCCCACACCGCUGCUGCCGCCACCGCCGCUCUCCCGCUAAGUGCAAAAAUGGUGAUGUCCGAGGAGGAGAUCACUCGGUUGUUCAGAACCAUGAAAACGCUGCUGCACAUGUUGAGGGACAGGGGUUAUGUGGUGACUGAUGAUGAGAUUGGAAUGACCAAGGCUGAAUUUAUUGAUAAGUAUGGUCACAAUAUGAAGAGAGAGGACCUUAUGCUUAUCAAAGUCAUGCGUAAUAACAGCGCACAUCAGAUAUAUGUGUUCUUUCCUGAUGAGGCCAAGGUUGGAGCUGCGACAGUAAGGACUUUAGUCAAUCGAAUGGUUCAGGACAAUGUUACUAGGGCAAUCCUAGUUGCACAGCAGAAAUUAACUUCUUUUGCCCAAAACGCCAUACAUGAAGUAUUCUCAAAACUUCACUUAGAAGUUUUCCAGGAGGCUGAGUUGCUAGUCAACAUAAACCAACACGUACUUGUCCCCACGCAUCAAGUCCUCACUCCUGAAGAAAAGAAAACUCUGCUUGAAAGAUACACAGUCAAAGAUACUCAGCUGCCUCGUAUUCAGAUGUCCGACCCGAUUGCCAGAUAUCACGGGCUGAAACGUGGGGAUGUUGUGAAGAUCAUCCGCCCAAGUGAGACUGCCGGAAGAUACGUCACUUACAGAUUUGUCGUUUGAACUUUCUAGAACCUUCCGUAGCGUAGCUUGUGAAAACUUAGGAGUAGUAGAGAGAAAAAGUGGGGACUUGUUGCUUGGUUUCAUUCUCAGUAGUGCUUAUAUAGUUGGAAAAACUUAUCAAUUUAGAUUUGAGAAUGCUAACUUGAGACGCAUUGAGUCUAUCAUUGAUCGAUCAUAUAACAUAGUAUAUAAUUAAUUA